UGGGGAAGCUAGGCAGGGAACGUGGUUGCUCAUCACCUGAUGCUUUGCAGACUGAGACCCGAUUGGUGGAGAAGGGCUGUAUUUUUUUUUUCUCCUCCAUGCUGCUUUGAUUUUUUUCCCCUCUGCUUCUUUAGGGUGUCUGCUGUUUCCUAGCACUUGCAAGAGUCUGGGCAGCAGCAAGCAGCAGCAAUAGCAGCCGGAGGCAGAGGAGCAGUGUUAGCCCAGAAGGAGGCAGGGGACUGCAUGGGAAGGAGCAGCACCUAGCUGGAGAGACUGCUUUUGCAGCCAAGUUUCUGCAAACCAGAAACCUCACCCCAGCUGUGUGCCUGACACACAUUUAAUACACAAGGCAGCCACACUAACUUCUUAGUGUCAGAGGUUCCCUGUGGAGACAGGAGCCAGGCGGGUUGGACCAUGGAGCUGCUCUCCACCCCCCGCAGCAUCGAGAUCAACAACAUCACGUGUGACUCAUUCCGGAUCUCCUGGGCCAUGGACGGGGGAGACCUGGAGAGAGUCACCCACUACUUCAUCGACCUGAACAAGAAGGAGAACAAGAACUCCAACAAAUUCAAACACAGGGAUGUGCCCACCAAGCUGGUCGCCAAGGCAGUCCCACUGCCCAUGACUGUGAGGGGCCACUGGUUCCUGAGCCCCAGGACAGAAUACAGCGUGGCCGUGCAGACAGCGGUGAAGCAGAGUGAUGGGGAGUACCUGGUGUCUGGCUGGAGCGAGACCGUGGAGUUCUGCACAGGGGACUAUGCUAAGGAGCACCUGGCCCAGCUGCAGGAGAAGGCUGAGCUCAUUGCGGGCAGGAUGCUCAGAUUCUCUGUCUUCUAUAGGAACCAGCACAAGGAAUAUUUCCAGCAUGUCAGGAUGCAUUGUGGGAACAUGAUGAAGCCCUCCCUGAAGGACAACAGUGGGAGCCAUGGCUCACCCACCAGUGGCAUGCUGCACGGGAUCUUCUUCAGCUGCAAUACUGAGUUCAACACAGGCCAGCCCCCACAGGACUCGCCCUAUGGCCGCUACCGCUUCCAGAUCCCUGCCCAGCGCCUCUUCAGCCCCAACACCAACCUCUACUUUGCGGACUUCUACUGCAUGUACACCGCCUACCACUACGUCGUCCUGGUGCUGGCCCCUAAGGGCUCCCCAGGAGACCACUUCUGCCGGGAGCGCCUGCCCCAGCUGGACAUUUCCUGCAACAAAUUCCUGACCUGCUGCAUGGAGGACGGCGAGCUGGUCUAUCACCAUGCCCAGGACAUCAUCCUGGAGGUCAUAUACACCGAGCCCGUCGACCUCAGCCUGGGCGUGCUGGGAGAGAUCAGCGGCCACCAACUCAUGAGCCUCUCCACCGCUGAUGCCAAAAAGGACCCCAGCUGCAAGACGUGCAACAUCAGCGUGGGGCGCUAGUGACUUGAGGGGGGAGCUGGAGGGGAUGCGUGUGUGGGGAGGCAUGCAUGAAGCAGGACUGGACUAACCUGAGGCUUUCUGCAAUGGACGCGGUCUGGGAUGGGGGCAGGGGUGGAAACUGGGACCUGGAUGGGACUUGUGGCUGGAGUGAGCGUGGACUGUGGAUUUCCAAUCUCUCGGCGCAUGCCUUGCUGUCCAAUGUCAAUAUGGACUUGGCAGGAUCCCGGCCCUAGUGGGAGAGGACCUCCGGUGCUGCUCAGAUGGGAUCUUGGCCUCCAUUGACUCCUGCAGACAAACCUUGGUCAGUGUGGGAAGGGAAACACCUGAGCUCCUGAGCUGGCUGCUAAUCUGAUUCAAGCCAAGGUGGAAAGACCCGCCCCCUUCUGCACUUGCCCCACUGGAGAGUGGGAGCUCCAGCCCCCUUGGAACCAAGUUGCCCAUUCAUUGCCAUUUUCAGGUUGGAAAGAACAAGAGCUUUGGGUUAAUUUGGAAAUGUUAUCAUCAGGGGAACCUGGAGCUCUUCCCUCUCUGAUAUGAGCUCCCCUUCUCCUAGAUCUGCCCCUUCACCCAGAGCCUCUCUCACCCUGUCAAUUCAAUAAGCCCCUCCCUUUCUGCUACUCUCCCCAACCCUACCCUUUGCUAAGUGCUCAGUCAACUCCUACCUUGCCCAGGUGGGCUAGAUCCUCACCUGCCACCUGAUUCCCACCUGGGGAGCCCUGAAGGGUAUGUCCCACUGCAGCUGGGAGCCAGCCUCCUAGCCCAGGGAGAUAGAUUUGCACGGGGGGCGGCUUGUGAACCCAGCAUACACUUAACCACCUAGCCCAGGUGUGGGUCCUAGCUUAGAUGGCCAGCUGUGAAACCAGAGCCUGCUGUUUUCUCCUGGUUGGGACUCUCAGCUAUUGGAGGCUUGGCAGGCUCAGGAAAGAGCAUGCAGCUACCUCACCCUCAGCUCCCUCCAUCCGGGCUCUGUCUCAGCCCCAGGCUGUCCUGGAACUUCUUGCUUCACUGCCUUUAUUUACCUGGUUAAGCGCCGUGUGGGCUGGGCGAGCGGCCCCAUUGCAGGUCCCGACAGGCCCCGUGGCACUCCUAGGUUGUGUUGGAAUUCCCGGGGGUGGCUGUAGCAUGAAUGUACCUGCUCCCCAGUCUCAGGUGGAGCCUAGCCCUGCCCAGGAGGUCUCCUCCCACCCCGGCUGGGCGGGGGGAGGAAUGCAGCCUCCCUGCUUGUGACUUCAGCCACGUCCUGGAGUGACCUGCCAGCUUCUGGGGUGAGGAACAAUUUCAGCCUCUCUUCCUUUUGUCCCCCUUGGCCACUCCCACCUCCAAGCACGGCUCUCUCCUGGCCUCCCACCACUGUGCACCAUGGAACCAGGCUGAUUGGAGUGCUGGGUCUCCUUGCUAUUACCAUGUCCCUCGGGCAUGAUCUGCUUGCCAUGCUACGGCCUUUGAUGUGUUGCCCCAAAAGCGGUCUUGAGGGCUGCUUUUUUCUCCAGGUGAUGGGAGAAGAAAGGCUUGGCUAGAUCCCAAGGCAUUCACAGCAGAGCUCCAUCCUUGCUUCAGCCUAACUUGUCCAUCACUCGAGGCAGCCUGAGCCAAGCAGAACUUCCUCAAACUCCUGCCCCAGGCCUGCUCUGCUCCCCACACCAGCCACCUCCUCCCAAGGCUGAGCCUCGCUCCCUCCUCUUUAUAAAUAGUGCUGGGCUUUCUGUGCUAUGUGAAAACUUUAGCUUUCCAGGGGAGUCUGCCGGCGCCCAGACUGCUUGAACAUGUGGCGUGAGGUGCCCGUCAGCCUUCCAGCCAUGCCUGUGAGCUGCCCUUGGCCCUGAGAGAGGACAGCAUGAGGGGGCAUUUCCUAAAUUGGAAGAGAGAUGCAGACUCUGCCCUUUCACCAUGCCCUGCUGCAGACUGGGGCCAGGGCCUGAAGGACAGAGGCAACAGAGAUAUUCUGUGUGGAGAGGUUUUUCGGCAUCUGGAAAUCAGAUAAGACCCACAGAGGAGCUUGUGGGCAUCCAAAGCAGCAGGUCCAAUCAAAUGAACUAAGGACUCUGGUACCAACAGCUGGAAGAUGUUCGACGUCCCAGAAUUCUGAUUCCCAUCCUAUUCACCAACUGGGGGUUUGAACUCAGGAACCUUCAGCUUUAAAAGCCUGAGCUGCUACUGUGUGAAUUAAAGGAGCAAGUCCCCCUGCUAGCAGCAGAAGUAGUAGAUUCACAAACAGAUUUGAUGUAGACCGGCCACUAGCAGCAGAUAAAGAUCCUAUAGUUUCCUGGUGAGCAGUCAUAUUCUAGACCCGGCAUAUCCCCAGUUGCCCAGAGAAAUAGAGCAGGGCGUUCAUUAUCAAGCAGUCACCCUUAAAAGGGGAGGGAAAUUUCAAGCGCUGGCCAUUGCUCCGGGAAGGGAGGCCCUGCUCUGGUGAGCACAGUAGUGUUUUAAUUCUUAGUGGCGUUUAGGGUGCUUGAGCAUCCGGCUGUGCAGUGUUUGCUGUGUGCCGUCGCAAUGUUGUGCUGUUAGUGCUGCAGCCAGGAAGUGAUAAGGACCUUGGCUUUUUUUACACUAGCUUUUGAUUUCCCCUUAUACUGCAAAAUCCAGCCAUGCCAACUGAAAAAAACACCACUUGUCCAUUGGGACGUGGCUUGUGCAGAGGCUGCUGAUGCCCACAGGCAGUGCACAGUUUCCUGGCUGGUCUCUGACCUGUGCGCUGAUACUGACACAGAGGUCCCAAAGGCUGCUGCAGUCUCGGAAGCUUUUCCAAGCAGUAAUGUUGAUAGAUCACUCCAGCAAAGGCCACAGGAUUUGCAGCACCAUGUGACUUAUGUUUCAUUGCUCGUGGCAAUGUGAGACUUGAGAUAAUAUAUGGGAAAUGAGUGCAGGCAGGGCGUGGUAGGUGUGACAGUCAGCCUUCCCCGGGGACAGGCGGAGGAGGGUGGUGGUGACUAAGGGUGUGUUCACAGUGCGAUGAAAGAUCCACUGCACAGCUAUGGCUGGCCUGGGUCAGCUGCCACAGGCUCGCGGGGCUCAGGUGGUGGAGUUAUAAAAUUGCAAUAUAGACGUUCAAGCUCACCCAGGCUUAUGAGGGGGUUGGGUCUUAGAGCCUGGGCUCCAGCCCGAGCUGGAACGUCUCCACUGCAAUUUUUAGCCCUGCAGCCUGAGCCCAAGUCAGCUGACCUGGGCUCCGAGACCCAAUGCCAUGGGUUUUUUUUUUAUUGCAGUGUAGACAUACCCAGAGAGUCUUCCCUGGAGACAGAAGGAGGAGGGGGUUGGUGACAAUCGGCCUUUCCUAGAGACAGCUGGAUGGGGGAGGUGGUGAGUGGGAUUGACAGUUUCUCUAGAGACCGGAGGAGAUGUGUGGCACAGCUGACUGUGAACUCAUUGAAUCAGUGGGCCCAAUUCAGAGGUGUUGUGUAAGAGGGUUGUAAAUUGCCCAUUGGCCAAUGCGUGUGACAGUCAGGAAGUUGAGGCUGGUGUAACGCACACUCUGGAGCAGGAGGUUGAUUGAACUUAGACUGACAUAGGUGCCCCCAUGAGACCAGGAGGGGAGAAUCAGAAUCUAGCUAGGAGGGUGUCCAUAAGGGGGGAGCGGAUCUCUUCUUGGGAGCUUCUUGUCGUCUCUUUAAAGAUGACGCAGGCUAGGUUUCCCUUUCUGCAGCAUCAGGGUGGGAGCCAGAGGGGGCCGUGUCUGUUCUGAGAGACUCCAUCCCCCUUUGCCCUCUGUGCCCCACAUGUGGCUGAGAACCACAGCAUGGCGCUUGUGUGGCAGCGUCCACAUCAUCCCUGGCCUGAUGUGGUGCUUUUCCAGUCUCUGUGUAUGAUGCACGCUGUAAAGAAAACCCCUUACAAACCUGUGCUGUGCUGACAGUGUGUAUCAAUAAACUAACAACCUGUGUGCAGCCCAGCCUGCUGCUUGCAUUGGUGUCUCGGGACAGCUGGGUGUGUGUGUGGGUGCACCAGGGAGGUGAUCCAGUUUCCAGGAGAGGGCUUUUAUAUACAGCUGUGCGUGUGGCAGUGGGAAAUUGGAGGGGGGGGGGGCUGCAGUGACUGGUCCAUUGCUGAAGCUCUCCCAACUGAACGGAGCCUGAAAUGUCUUCUAAGGUCAAAAGGAAGAAAAGUUUAAAAACGGAUUAGGUUGCAAUGGUGAAUGUAGAGUCCCCACCCCAUCCCAGCAACCAUGUCCUGUUAAUUAACUCUGCCACCUCACCUCCUGCCUGGCCUCAAGAUACCCUCCAGCUCAAUAACCUCUGGGGUUACUGCUGUAGCAUUCCCCCAUGAAGGCCUCUCUGUACAGCUGGAGUGCUCCUGGGGUGGCUAACAUAGCUUCCCUGUUUCCUUUGGGGGCCUCUGUAGUGAAGGUCUUCCUGAGCAGACGCAUGACGGGUUACCAAAUUGGCUUCUCCCUCUCCCACCUGCUGGUGCCUCAAAACAUGGGGAUCAGUAUAAGACCCUGAAUGAAUAGGCCCCCAUAGAACACACCAACUAAGGAGGAAUGGACUGGCUGCUACUCACCACAAUUGCAAUGGGAUGGAUGGAUGGAGUCUUGAGGGGACAUUAUUGAUCUUGUGAACCAGAUCAGAGCAACCUCCGUCUGACACUAACAGGGCCAUGUUUGGGUGAUUCUGCUCUGGCUUUGAGCCAUGACAUUAUGGGGUCUUGACACAGCAGGACUAGCUUGCAGGAUGAACUAGGAAUUCUACUCUACUUUAAAGAAUUGCUACACUAUUCCAUAGUAAUUGAUACUGUAGUAUACGCCAUAGAAACAGACCCAGCACUGCUGCUCCACAGUAUUUAAUACUACAGUACUAAAAAAACAGAACAAUGGUCAACAGAAUGAAUGCUACACUAUUCUCCAGUAAACAAUAUUACAGAAUUUCAAAGAGCAUAUCACUGCUCAGCAGUAAUUAAUACUACAAUAACAAAAACCACAACAGUAUCCUACAGUAAUGACCCCAAGCACAAUAGCUUUACAAAAGAGUUUCUACUAGGCUAAUUCCUACAGUCCUUACUCAGUGCUUGACUUUACCUGAGUAAGGACUGUGGAGUAUGGCCCACCCUACUUGGCAUUAUCACUACAGAAGACUGCAGUAUUUCUGCCUGUAAGGGUGGAGAGGAUCUUGCAGCCCAUGGGUCCAUUCCCCUCCUCCCCACCUGCCCUGAGAUGACUCGAACGCUGCUCACAGACUGGCCACUCACCUUGCAGUCAGGUCUGCAGAGUUUGGCGAACACUGUGUUUUUGGAACUGGGCACAAAAUCCCAGAUUCCCGAAGGUAUUUAGGCACCUUACUUCCAUGGGAAUUAGGUGCCUAAGUACCUUUGAGGAUCUGUGCACAAAGUGCCUGCAAAUCAGAGGAAAAGAGUUUGCAAUGAACA